AUGGCCGAUAAGAUCCGUGAGAAACAUCAAUAUGCAUUUUUGAAAUCUAAGUAUGAAGGAAUAGGUAAUUCAAAUACCCUGAAUGACGAGUUUCAGACUACUGUCUACAAUGAUACCAUAGCAUCCUUGGCUCAUCAUAAACAUAUUUUAUUGUAUAAUUCAAUUAUCUUGAAUCAACAUCCGGAAAUAUUGAGACAAGACAUGAUCAGGAGGAUCAAGUUAGACGUGCAUAAUGCUGAGAAAUGA